UUCAGAAACAGCGAACAGUUUUGUUAAAGACUCGCUCCGUGUCUCGAACCCAUCCCCACCACCUUUUCCUCCGUGGCCGUGGGCUGCAGUCUGCAGAGCCUCUCCAUCCAUCACCGGCUUGAUGUUCAUCUCUAUUUACUAAAGUACCCUUUUCCCUCCCACUGUUACCUCAUGGCUGCAAGAGGACAAAUUCCACCAACCUUUGAGCGACGUCCUAUCCAGACUUCAGGGAUGAUGCGGCAAAGUGCAUUUUCUGGUUUGCGCACUGCUGCUGGCCAACGCCUCUUGGAGCCACUGCCUCCUCCCGAACUGUUGGAGAAUAAAAUUGCUGUUCAGGCAGCAGAAAUAGAACGGCUUGCAGGGGAUAACCGUACGUUGGCAGCCACCCAUUUGACUUUGAAGCGGGAGCUUGUUGCUACUCAUCAGGAAGUAGAUAGAACCAAUGACCACAUAAGAAGCAUCCAGAGUGAACAUGAUAUACAAAACAGGCGCUUGGUGGAUAAGAUCAGAAAAAUGCAAGCAGAUAUCAAAGCUGGUGAGGGUGUAAAGAAGGACCUGCAAAAGGCCCACAUGGAUGCUCAGAGCUUAGUAGCUGCCAGACAAGAGCUGACUGCAAAAGUUCAGAAGGCUACUCAGGAAUUGCAGAAAGCCCGUAUGGAUAUAAAGACUAUACCAGAUUUGCAUGCUGAACUUGACGGUUUGAAUCUGGAACACCAAAGGAUACGUGCCACAUUCGAGUAUGAAAAAGGAAUAAACAUAGAGCAAGUGGAGCAAUUGAAAGCAAUGGAGAAGAAUCUGAUUGGGAUGGCAAGAGAAGUGGAAAUGUUGCGUGCUGAGGUGUUGAAUGCCGAGAAUAGGGCAGCACUUGCAACAAGCCAAUAUGGUGGUGGUCACAUGAAUAUGCCAGAUUCUUUAUACCCACCUCCUAUACUUGGUGCUGGUGCCUAUAUUGAUGGCUAUGGGAGGCCUCUUGUUCAGUUGGCUGUUGGGCCUGCAGGAGAGGGGAUGAUUCCAUAUAGCCGCAGCAAUGCUGUAGCUGUCAGUGGUGCUGCUGUUUCUGGAGGAGCAUAUGAUCCCUCACUCACUCAGAGGUGAACAUGAAGAAGCUGCCAUUUAGAGGCUGCUGUUCAUAAGCUUUUCUGCCUUUUCUCGCAAUUUAUAUUUGUUGGUUUAGCAAUGUUGUUAAAAGCUGUAGAUUAGGGUCCUCUCUCCAUAAUUAAUUAAUCUUUCCAUACAAGAUUAUAAAACUUAUAUUGCUUUUCACAGAAUUCUUUGCUCUCAUAUUGCUUAAGACGAGUAUUACCUUUUUCAGAUA